GCGAAGUGUUGCCACUGUCCAGGGCGUUUUUUUCGCUGUUUGGUAUUUCCGAACAGUCCUACCGCGGUCACGCUGCUAUGAAAAUAAAACACUAGUAGUGUGAGGAGAGAGCGAGGCGAGAAAUCCAACCUGCCCAUGUAUGCUGUGCGUGAGUGUGUGUGUGUGGUGCAUCAAGGCUGAUAAAGCAAGCAGAAUAGCAAGUAGCCAGUAGCAAAUAGCAAAUAGCCAUAGACUCUAAACUUAAACUAAAACUAAACUGAAAGUGACUUCGAGAGCGUUUGCAAUUACGCACAAGCAAUCAACGCGCAGCAAUGGAGGCGAUUGCCAAACACGACUUCUCCGCGACUGCCGAGGACGAGCUGAGUUUUCGCAAAACUCAGAUCCUAAAGAUAUUAAAUAUGGAAGAUGACUCAAAUUGGUACCGUGCCGAGUUGGAAGGAAAAGAAGGCCUUAUACCCAGCAAUUACAUUGAAAUGAAGAAUCACGACUGGUACUAUGGUCGCAUCACACGCGCCGAUGCCGAGAAGCUGCUGUCCAACAAACACGAAGGCGCCUUUUUGAUACGCAUCAGCGAAUCCAGUCCCGGCGAUUUCUCCUUAUCAGUCAAAUGCCCCGAUGGUGUUCAGCAUUUCAAGGUUCUGCGCGACGCCCAAGUCAAAUUCUUCCUCUGGGUGGUCAAGUUCAACUCCCUCAACGAACUGGUCGAAUAUCACCGGACGGCGAGCGUGUCCCGGUCGCAGGAUGUCAAAUUGCGUGAUAUGAUACCUGAAGAGAUGCUCGUGCAGGCGCUGUACGAUUUUGUGCCACAGGAAUCCGGCGAAUUGGACUUCAGACGCGGCGAUGUCAUCACCGUCACAGACCGCUCCGACGAGAACUGGUGGAACGGCGAGAUUGGCAAUAGAAAAGGAAUCUUCCCAGCAACUUAUGUGACGCCAUAUCAUUCAUAAUAAGAUAACAGCUAAGGAUGAGGAUGCACCCGUCUCUCCCCUGAUAAACACAGCAACACAGCAACUGCAAUAACAGCAAGAAGAAGGAACUAAACACAAAUUUUAAAUAUUUAUAUACAAGAGAAAUCGAGAGUAGGACGAGCAUAAAUUCAGUAGACAUCGUAUAUACACCACACACACACAAGUCUAAGCCUAUAUAAGCCGUAUAAUGCAUUUUUUUACGUUUUGACGUUUUUUGAUAAAACAGAAAAAGGAAAUACAGUACGAUAGAGAAGAGAUAAACAUUACAAAAUCGUUUCAUAGCCACUUAGCAGCAACAACAGAGAGUGACAGAGAGCAACAACCGAAACUAAUUGCACUUUAAAAGUCUAAACUAAGAUAUGUACAUUUAUUUGUGUGCCUAUAGCUGCGGCCGAGAACAGGAAGCACUUGAUCUGGCUCUGACAGAGAGCUUAUCUCACUUGGCCGCAACUAUAGCCCUGAGCAAAUAUGUCUGGCACUAUUAUUAUUAUUAUUAUUAUUGUAAACAAAAGGAUUUUUGAUAUAAAUAUAUUAUAUAUAUAUACAUAUAUAUGUAAUUUAAGUUUCGAUAAAGAGAAGAAUAUUUGUCCUGUGCUUCGAAGCGAGUCUUGAGUGUGCUCUUUAGUUUAUUAGAUGUUCGAGAGGGAGUAAGCACUUAUAUAAUUAUGAUUACGAAUUACACAAACAAAAACUAUAAUGCUUAACAACAAAUUGAUAGAGAAAGCGAAAAAAAAUUCACUAUGAAAAACAAGAAAAAACGUUUGCCUAAAUGUCUCAAAGCUGAAGACAAGUAAAACAAAAUUUAUAUUAUUAUAUUACCACGUAAAUUAAAUUAAUUUUUGCAUCGCUGGUUACUAUAUACAUACAUACAUGCAAUACAUACGCACGCAUCUAUAAUUAAAAGAUAUGUAUCGAACGAUAUUAGGCCUCGGCUGCACAUGCACUCGAUAAUUGUCAUAUUUUUAAACUUUGUCAGCCGCGUUCUCUGUUAUUCUUUUAUUUUAUUAUAAUUUUUUGUAUCCUGUUCUCUCUCAACUCCGCCACCAACUCGAUUAUAGAUGAGAAGUAAAUCAUUUGUGUGACAUGUGUAAAAAGUUUCAAACAGCUGCUAUAUAUAUCAUAUUGUGCUAUAAAUUAAUAAAUUACUACUACUAUUUAUAAACUAAGGUUCAGUGCGGCCUUUUUUCACAGCCAGGAGGCGGCAGUUGCACGUUCAAGAGCCUUUUUCAGCCACAUAACUACAUAAUAAUAUGCAUACAAAUUGUAAUAAUGAGAGUUGCCAAUAUAAAGUAAUUGAAAAAAGAAAAUGCUAAAAAAACGAAAACAUUUUAAGCCUAUUUUUUUAUCUACAUAUAUUAUAUAUAUCGAAUCAAAUACCAUAUACAUUUUCCUAAUAUCCACCAAACUAUGAAACGAACACGACGAUGAUGAAGACGAUGCCUCACGGGAAAGAAAGUAAACAAGAACACAUCAAAAAUAACUUUUGAUAGGCCAUAGUAUAUUAACAAUAUUUAAAGGGCAGCUGAACGCGCGACUUUUGUACUUUUUGAGCAUUUAAAGCAGGCGUAAAACGAAACACAUUUCUCGGCCCAGAACCAGUAGAAGCCGCGUAUUUAAACAUAAUUUUCAAAUCGUAACAAUAAAGCAGGCAAAUGACAAGGUUUAGAUAUUAACUGAAAGCGAGAAUACACACACAAAUGAAACAUUGCAAACGGUAUAUUAAGUUGAGGACGUAGUUUAAGCGAACAAACUGAUUUAUCUAAUAAAACCUAUGACAUAUAUUAA